GGAAACAUGGCGGAGGUCAGGCACUGUGCGGGAAGGGGAGCGUGUGAAACUGGACUAAAAAUGUUUAAAAGCUACCUCCUGGGGAACCGAAUCCCGAACCGAACCAGGGCGGUACCUCCUGGCUCCCUAUCCGCCGGGUUUCUGUUUGAUGACAUUAAAAACCGGCGGCGGAAGGCGGAGCGGUCAGCUUCUCCUGCUGCUGGAGGCCACCGGGACGGUUAUGCAAAGGGUCCCAGCAGCCUCCAUCUGGAUCCUGGAUCUCCUCACUUUAUUACCGUCAGGAACUACAGCGGGAACGGGUCCAGAUCUGAGCCCCUGUACAGAACCAAAACCGGCUACUAUGACAUCCUGGAGGUCUCUCCCACCGCCACCCAAGCCCAGAUCAAAACCGCCUACUACAAACAGUCCUUCACCUACCAUCCGGACAGGAACUCGGGCAGCGAGGAGGCCACGGUGCGCUUCUCCGAGAUCAGCGAGGCCUACAUGGUUCUGGGCAACAAGGGGCUCCGGAAGAAAUACGACAGGGGUCUCCUGAGCCUGUCGGACCUCACGACCAGAGCCAGGCCCUCCACCGGGGGAUCAGUCGAGCAGCAGGCCGGGGGCAGGCGGGCGGUGAUGGGGGCAGACUUGAGAGAAAGGAUCUUCGACUUUGAUAAGUUCUACAAAGCUCACUACGAAGGGCAGCUGCAGAGACAGAGGGACAUCCGGGUCCGGAAGGAGGAGAUGCUGAAGAGGACGCAGGAGAACGUGGGGGACAAGCAGCUGGGCAGGAUGACGGAGAUCGGAGUGGGGAUGCUGCUGGUGUUCGCUGUGGGCAUUUUACUAAGCUUGAAGACUUGAGGAAAGUUUGGUGGAGGGAUAAGCUCAAAUCGACUGCUGCUUGUUUCCUACGUCAGCGCAGAGAAACGACCCGGAGCCACAUGGUGCUGGACGUUUAGAACUUCUUCUACUCUCCUAAAACCGAUGCAUUAAGGACAUAAAAUAAAAUAUGCUUUAUGAUUUCAGCAGGUGUCAAUCCUCUGAGCUCGCUUAGAUGCAGUGUGAUUUGAUCAGAGGUCAUGAUGCCUCCAUACCUCCACCAUAGCCUUCUGUUUUACUGUCAGUAAACAAACUAACGCUCCUACAGCUACUUAUCUCGUAUAUAUUUCAGACAUAAUUUAUCAUAAAAUUUACACCCAUAAUUUAUUUCCACUUUGCAUACCACCCCAUUUCUAUUCAUUCUGGUUCUGAUUCCUGUUUGACAGAAUAUGAACCCUGAUCGAACCAAAAUUACAGAAUGAGCCCCUCCUGGUCGAUUUUAUUUACUGAAGGUAAAACAUUUAUUAUCUUUGACAGAGUAUUAGGGCCAAGCUAGAGAUUUUUUAUAUAUUUUUUUAGAUUUUUUUGAGAAUUAGGUCAUAAAAUUACGAGAAUUACGUCGUAAAAU